AUGGGGGUUGAGGAUGCAAGAUGGCAGCAUAUUGUUCACGAAAGAAACAAGAAAUUCUGUAAAAGUUGUAGGAAGCAGGGCCAUGAAGAGCUUGAAUGCAGGAAGAAGAAAUCAUUGGAGCAGAAGUUGGUCCCAGAUGGAAAGAAUCCUAUACCAGAAUUAGUAGAGGGAGAAAAGGAAACUUUGAUCAAGAAAAAAGGAAAACAAGUUCUAAUGGCGGAGAAGGAGGGGAGGCAGAUUCUGUCGUUGGGCAGUGGAUUUAGGAAACAUUUGGAUAUUAAUGGAGUCCAAAAGGGUAUACAGUUCAAAGAAGUAUGGAAACCACAAUAUAAGAGGAAAGACACAGCUGAAAAAGGUAAGGAAUUGGAGGAAGGUCUGGCCAAAUCUCUUGAAUAUCCUGCAGUAGAGAUUGUAGGGAUUACUUCCAAAGAAACCACAGUAAAUUUGGAAACUGGGGAUCCAUCGGGCAAGGAUGGGUAG